AUGGCGGCGCCUCGAGGUGCACAAAUAGCUGCCCGCCUUCUCAGUCGUGGAUCUAGGUCACUGAGCAUUCGUGCCUCCACGACAACAAACCUCAGGCAAGGGAGACCAGACUCCGGCUCGCUUCAAGCCCAUCAAAGCCCCAUUCUGGCCCGCCAUGCCUCAUUACAUACAGACGCUACACGCCACGGUCAAGCUGCAGCUGCGGUGGAAGAAGAGACAUGGGAAGCUCCCGCAGAUUCGAGCAGCAACCCGGCAUUGUCCUUCCCAUGCCUGGACGCACAGGAGAUGAAGACAUUGGCCCUGCAGAGGAAAUCACACCAGUCGGGCCCGGAGCCAUCCUACACGACCGGUAAACAUCUCAUUUUCCAAAGUCGGGAGCCCUUUCUUCUCGAUUGGGGUGGUGUGCUACCUGAAUUUGAAAUCGCAUACGAGACAUGGGGGACAUUGAACCAGGACAAAAGCAACGCCAUCCUACUCCACACCGGGCUGUCGGCAUCGAGCCACGCGCACAGCACGGCGGCAAAUCCCAGGCCCGGCUGGUGGGAGAAAUUUAUCGGUCCGGGACUCCCAGUCGACACAAGCAAGCACUUCGUCAUAUGCACGAAUGUGAUCGGAGGGUGCUAUGGAUCGACAGGGCCUUCAUCUAUCGACCCUUCUGAUGGCCAGCGCUAUGCUACGAGGUUUCCAAUCCUGACCAUGGACGACAUGGUCCGGGCACAGGCGCGGCUCCUGGAUACCUUGGGCAUCGACCGGCUUUACGCCAGCGUCGGUGCCAGUAUGGGCGGAAUGCAGAGCCUGGCGUUUGGUGUGCACUUUCCGGAGCGGGUAGGCAAGAUUGUCAGCAUCUCCGGCUGCGCCAGGAGUCACCCUUACAGCAUCGCCAUGCGUCACACGCAGCGGCAGGUGUUAAUGAUGGAUCCCAAGUGGAAUCGGGGGUUUUACUACGAUGGCAUCCCACCCCAUUCGGGGAUGAAACUCGCGCGCGAGAUCGCCACUGUGACUUAUCGGAGCGGGCCGGAGUGGGAGAACAGGUUUGGAAGGCAGCGUGCGGAUCCCAGCAAGCAACCUGCUCUGUGCCCUGACUUCCUCAUCGAGACGUACUUGGACCACGCGGGUGAAAAAUUCUCCCUGGAAUAUGAUCCGAAUUCUUUACUCUACGUGUCCAAGGCAAUGGACUUGUUCGACCUAGGACAUGAACAUCAAGACCGCACGAAAGCGAGACGGGAGCAGAACCGGAUGAAGGUUGCGAGGGGUGCUGGGAAGGGUGUACAGAAUGAUACGUCAUGUAGUCUCACUCUACCCUCGCAAAAAUACGAAGAACAAACGGCCAGUGCACCCAUGGACGAAGUUGUUGCUGGAGGGGCUCUGGCGGGCCCGCCACAGGAUCUGAUCGCAGGUCUUGCUCCGUUGAAAUCGCAUCCCGUCCUUGUUCUGGGUGUGGCGAGUGACAUUUUAUUUCCGGCCUGGCAACAGCGAGAAAUUGCUGAUACUCUGCGGGCGACUGGCAACAAGCAGGUCACGCACGUGGAGUUGGGCGAAGAUCUUAGUCUCUUCGGGCAUGAUACCUUCUUGCUCGAUCUGGAGCAUGUUGGUGGCAACGUGGGCACGUUCCUGCAAUAG